AUUAUCUCUGGCUUCUGUCACUGUGGAAAGAGAGAGGAGCCUCAAACGACGACUGAGCUGCAAACGAAACAGGACAUAGAAAAAACAACUGAACCCGACUCUACACCUGAACCAGGACCACCAACAUCUGGGCAAGAUUCAGAGCCAACAUCUGCACAAGAGCCUGAACCAGAACCACCAACAUCUGGGAAGGAUUCAGAGCCAACACCUGCACCAGAGCCUGAACCAGAACCACCAACAUCUGGGCAAGAUUCAGAGCCAACACCUGCACCAGAGCCUGAAUCAGAAUCACCAACAUCUGGGCAGGAUUCAGAGCCAACACCUGCACCAGAGCCUGAACCAGAACCACCAACAUCUGGGCAGGAUUCUGAGCCAACACCUGCACCAGAGCCUGAACCAGAAUCACCAACAUCUGGGCAAGAUUCAGAGCCAACACCUGCACCAGAGCCUGAACCAGAAUCACCAACAUCUGGGCAGGAUUCAGAGCCAACACCUGCACCAGAACCUGAACCAGAACCACCAACAUCUGGGAAAGAUUCAGAGCCAACACCUGCACCAGAACCUGAACCAGAAUCACCAACAUCUGGGCAAGAUUCUGAGCCAACACCUGCACCAGAGCCUGAACCAGAAUCACCAACAUCUGGGCAAGAUUCAGAGCCAACACCUGCACCAGAGCCUGAACCAGAAUCACCAACAUCUGGGCAGGAUUCAGAACCAACACCUGCACCAGAGCCUGAACCAGAAUCACCAACAUCUGGGCAAGAUUCAGAGCCAACAGCUGCACCAGAGCCUGAACCAGAAUCACCAACAUCUGGGCAAGAUUCAGAGCCAACACCUGCACCAGAGCCUGAAUCACCAACAUCUGGGAAAGAUUCAGAGCCAACACCUGCACCAGAACCUGAACCAGAAUCACCAACAUCUGGGCAAGAUUCAGAGCCAACACCUGCACCAGAGCCUGAACCAGAACCGCAAACAUCUGGGCAAGAUUCAGAGCCAACACAUGCACCAGAGCCUGAACCAGAACCACCAACAUCUGGGCAAGAUUCAGAGCCAACGCCUGCACCAGAGCCUGAACCAGAACCGCCAACAUCUGGGCAAGAUUCCGAGCCAACGCCUGCACCAGAGCCUGAACCAGAACCGGCAACAUCUGGGCAAGAUUCAGAGCCAACGCCUGCACCAGAGCCUGAACCAGAAUCGGCAACAUCUGGGCAAGAUUCAGAGCCAACGCCUGCACCAGAGCCUGAACCAGAACUGCCAACAUCUGGGCAGGAUUCAGAGCCAACACCUGCACCAGAGCCUGAACCAGAAUCAAAAACAUCUGGGCAAGAUUCAGAGCCAACACCUGCACCAGAGCUGGAAUUACCAACAUCUGGGAAAGAUUCAGAGCCAACACCUGCACCAGAACCUGAACCAGAACCACCAACAUCUGGGCAAGAUUCAGAGCCAACACAUGCACCAGAGCCUGAACCAGAACCGCCAACAUCUGGGGAAGAUUCAGAGCCAACGCCUGCACCAGAGCCGGAACCAGAAUCGGCAACAUCUGGGCAUGAUUCAGAGCCAACAGCUGCACCUGAGCCUGAACCAGAAUCACCAACAUCUGGGCAAGAUUCAGAGCCAACAGCUGCACCAGAGCCUGAACCAGAACCACCAACAUCUGGGCAAGAUUCAGAGCCAACAGCUGCACCAGAGCCUGAACCAGAACCGCCAACAUCUGGGCAAGAUUCAGAGCCAACAGCUGCACCAGAGCCUGAACCAGAACCGCCAACAUCUGGGCAAGAUUCAGAGCCAACAGCUGCACCAGAGCCUGAACCACCAACAUCUGGGGAAGAUUCAGAGUCAACAGCUGCACCAGAGCCUGAACCAGAAUCGCCAACAUCUGGGCAAGAUUCAGAGCCAACAGCUGCACCAGAGCCUGAACCAGAACCGCCAACAUCUGGGCAGGAUUCAGAGCCAACACCUGCACCAGAGCCUGAACCAGAACCACCAACAUCUGGGCAAGAUUCAGAGCCAACACCUGCACCAGAGGCUGAACCAGAACCACCAACAUCUGGGCAAGAUUCAGAGCCAACAGCUGCACCAGAGCCAGAACCACCAACAUCUGGGGAAGAUUCAGAGCCAACAGCUGCACCAGAGCCUGAACCAGAAUCACCAACAUCUGGGCAAGAUUCAGAGCCAACACCUGCACAGGAGCCUGAACCAGAAUCACCAACAUCUGGGAAAGAUUCAGAGCCAACACCUGCACCAGAACCUGAACCAGAAUCACCAACAUCGGGGCAAGAUUCAGAGCCAACACCUGCACCAGAGCCUGAACCAGAACCGCCAACAUCUGGGCAAGAUUCAGAGCCAACACCUACACCAGAGCCUGAACCAGAACCGCCAACAUCUGGGCAAGAUUCAGAGCCAACAGCUGCACCAGAGCCUGAACCAGAACCGCCAACAUCUGGGCAAGAUUCAGAGCUAACAGUUGCACCAGAGCCUGAACCACCAACAUCUGGGGAAGAUUCAGAGCCAGCAGCUGCACCAGAGCCUGAACCAGAAUCGCCAACAUCUGGGCAAGAUUCAGAGCCAACAGCUGCACCAGAGCCUGAACCAGAACCGCCAACAUCUGGGCAGGAUUCAGAGCCAACACCUGCACCAGAGCCUGAACCAGAACCACCAACAUCUGGGCAAGAUUCAGAGCCAACACCUGCACCAGAGCCUGAACCAGAAUCACCAACAUCUGGGCAAGAUUCAGAGCCAACAGCUGCACCAGAGCCAGAACCACCAACAUCUGGAGACGAUUCAGAGCCAACAGCUGCACCAGAGCCUGAACCAGAAUCACCAACAUCUGGGCAAGAUUCAGAGCCAACAGCUGCACCAGAGCCUGAACCAGAACCACCAACAUCUGGGCAAGAUUCAGAGCCAACACCUGCACCAGAGCCUGAACCAGAACCACCAACAUCUGGGCAAGAUUCAGAGCCAACAGCUGCUCCAGAGCCUGAACCACCAACAUCUGGGGAAGAUUCAGAGCCAACAGCUGCACCAGAGCCUGAACCAGAAUCACCAACAUCUGGGCAAGAUUCAGAGCCAACAGCUGCACCAGAGCCUGAACCAGAACCACCAACAUCUGGGCAGGAUUCAGAGCCAACGCCUGCACCAGAGCCUGAACCAGAACCACCAACAUCUGGGCAAGAUUCAGAGCCAACAUCUGAACCAGAGCCUGAACCAGAACCACCAACAUCUGGGCAAGAUUCAGAGCCAACACCUGCACUAGAGCCUGAACCAGAACCACCAACAUCUGGGAAAGAUUCAGAGCCAACAGCUGCACCAGAGCCUGAACCAGAACCACCAACAUCUGGGCAGGAUUCAGAGCCAACACCUGCACCAGAGCCUGAACCAGAACCACCAACAUCUGGGCAGGAUUCUGAUCAAACACCUGAACCAGAGGCUGAACCAGAACCACCAACAUCAGGGCAAGAUUCAGAGCCAACACCUGAACCAGAGCCUGAACCAGAACCGCCAACAUCUGGGCAAGAUUCAGAGCCAACAGCUGCACCAGGGCCUGAACCAGAACCACCAACAUCUGGGCAGGAUUCUGAGCCAACACCUGCACCAGAGCCUGAACCAGAACCUCCAACAUCAGGGCAGGAUUCUGAGCCAACACCUGCACCAGAGCCUGAACCAGAAUUGCCAACAUCUGGGCAAGAUUCAGAGCCAACACCUGCACCAGAGCCUGAACCAGAACCGCCAACAUCUGGGCAGGAUUCAGAGCCAACACCUGCACCAGAGCCUGAACCAGAACCGCCAACAUCUGGGCAAGAUUCAGAGCCAACAUCUGAACCAGAGCCUGAACCAGAACCGCCAACAUCUGGGCAGGAUUCAGAGCCAACGCCUGCACCAGAGCCUGAACCAGAACCGCCAACAUCUGGGCAAGAUUCAGAGCCAACAUCUGAACCAGAGCCUGAACCAGAACCGCCAACAUCUGGGCAAGAUUCAGAGCCAACACAUGCACCAGAGCCUGAACCAGAACCGCCAACAUCUGGGCCAGAUUCAGAGCCAACACCUGCACCAGAGCCUGAACCAGAACCACCAACAUCAGGGCAAGAUUCAGAGCCAACACCUGCACCAGAGCUUGAACCAGAAUCACCAACAUCUGGGCAAGAUUCAGAGCCAACACCUGCACCAGAGCCUGAACCAGAACCGCCAACAUCUGGGCAAGAUUCAGAGCCAACACCUGCACAGGAGCCUGAACCAGAACCACCAACAUCUGGGCAGGAUUCAGAGCCAUCACCUGAACCAGAGCCUGAACCAGAACCACCAACAUCUGGGCAAGAGUCAGAGCCAACACCUGCACCAGAGCCGAACCAGAAUCUCGAACAUCUGGGCAAGAUUCAGAGCCAACAGCUGCACCAGAGCCUGAACCAGAACCACCAACAUCUGGGAAAGAUUCAGAGCCAACACCUGCACAGGAGCCUGAACCAGAACCACCAACAUCUGGGCAAGAUUCAGAGCCAACACCUGCACAGGAGCCUGAACCAGAACCACCAACAUCAGCGCAGGAUUCUGAGCCAACACCUGCCCCAGAAAAUGAACCAGAAUCGCCAACAUCUGGGCAAGAUUCAGAGCCAAAACCUGCACCAGAGCCGGAACCAACAACAUCUGGGCAAGAUUCAGAGCCAACACCUGCACCAGAGUCUGAACCAGAAACAACAACACAUCAGCAUGAGCCUGUGCUUCCACACACUGUGCCUGAACCAGCACCUGCACCAGAAUCAUCAACAUCUGAGCAGGAUUCAGAGCCACCAGUUGAUUCACACACCACACCUGCACCAGAGCCUGAACCAGAAUCACCAACACAUCAGCAUGAGCCUGUGCUUCCACACACUGUGCCUAAACCAGCACCUACACCAGAAUCAUCAACAUCUGAGCAGGAUUCAGAGCCACCGGCUGAUUCACACACCACACCUGCAGCAGGACCUCAAGCGGAAUCACCAACAUCUGAGCAUGACUUGAAUGUAACCCCUGAGUCACACACCGCAGAUGAAGAUAAAGAACACUUCA